AUGGUCCAAAGAGUUCUUUUAUUAGGUUCUGGUUUUGUUGCCAAACCAACCGUUGAUAUCUUAUCCCAAACCCCAGGUGUAGAAGUCACUGUUGCUUGUAGAACUUUGGCUAAAGCCAAGGAAUUAGCUGGCGAAACUGCCAAAGCCAUUUCCCUUGAUGUGACUGAUGAAGAAGCAUUGAAUGCACAAGUCGCUCAAUUCGACUUGAUAAUUUCUUUGAUUCCAUACACUUUCCAUGCUAAUGUUGUUAAAUCAGCCAUCAAGAACAAGAAACACGUUGUCACCACUUCAUACAUUAAUCCUCAAUUAAAGGCUUUGGAAUCCGAGAUUGAAAACGCUGGUAUUACUGUUAUGAACGAAAUUGGGUUAGAUCCAGGUAUUGACCAUUUGUAUGCCGUUAAGACCAUCGAAGAAGUUCAUGAACAAAAGGGUAAGAUUGUUUCUUUCUUGUCCUAUUGUGGUGGUUUACCAGCUCCAGAAAAUUCUGAUAACCCAUUAGGUUAUAAGUUUUCCUGGUCUUCUAGAGGUGUCUUGUUAGCAUUAAGAAACUCUGCUAAAUACUGGAAAGAUGGUAAAAUUGUUGAAGUUAGCAGUGAGGAUUUGAUGGCUGCCGCCAAGCCAUACUUUAUCUACCCAGGUUAUGCUUUAGUUUGUUAUCCAAACAGAGAUUCCACCACUUACAAGGAAUUGUACAACAUCCCUGAAGCUGAAACUGUUAUCAGAGGUACAUUGAGAUUCCAAGGUUUCCCAGAAUUCAUCAAAGUUUUAGUUGACAUUGGCUUCUUAUCUGACGAAGGUAUGGGUAUCUUUAACAAACAAGUCGCAUGGAAGGAAGCCACCGCAGCAUUAGUUGAUGCAGUCUCCUCGAGCGAAGAAGAUAUUAUUAGCAAAAUCAAUUCUUUAACCAAAUUCCAAUCCCCAGAAGAUCAAGAGCGUAUCCUUGCCGGUAUGAAAUGGUUAGGUUUAUUCUCUGAUAAAACAAUCACCCCAAGAGGAAACCCAUUGGAUACCCUUUGUGCUACUUUAGAAGAAUUAAUGCAAUAUGAAGAAGGUGAACGUGAUUUAGUCAUUUUACAACAUAAAUUUGGUAUCGAAUGGGCUGAUGGUUCCAAAGAAGUCAGAACCUCUACUUUAGUUGAUUAUGGUGAUCCAAAGGGUUACUCGUCUAUGGCUAAAUUAGUUGGUGUACCAUGUGCCGUUGCUGCCCAACAAAUUUUGGAUGGUACUUUAUCCAAGAGAGGUUUAUUGGCUCCAAUGAGUUCCGAUAUUAAUGAUCCAAUUAUGAAGACCUUAAGAGAUAAAUAUGGUAUUUAUUUAGUUGAAAAGACUGUAUCUUAG